UUUUUUUGCCCUCCAUUGUUGUGCGCAUGCCCGCAAUUUAUUUUUUUGUCGUCUUUAGCCCGGCCACAGUCGUACAACAAUUCUGGUAACAAAAUGAAAUCUGGACAUGUAGCUAUUCUUAACUUAGUGUUUUGUGCCACAACAAAGGGAAAAACAACACAGGAAAACCUUUGAAGAAUAACUCAAGACCACUCGUAUUCUUUUUCUGCCGCUCAGUGUCGGCUGUGCUUUGUACAGACUCGUUGCCAUAGCAACUGACUGACAACGUCAUGAAUGUAUCAGGACUGAACACCAAAAAACACGCCAACAUUUCCAACAAAAAGAAGAGAACAUUCAAUCUGUUAAAGCAUCGUGUUUUCACGUUUAUGUUUAUUUUGUGAUUAUUAUUAUUAUUAUUAGCUAAUUUAAACACCUGCUCUGCUGAUGAUCGGUGAGAAAGUUGGUGUGUGGGUUGCCUUUUAUUUUAUUUUAUUUUUUUAAAUGAACCGAAACACCGAAGUCCACAGCACAUCUAAGGUUGUCAAAGUCAAGCUAGCUUAAAUAACCCACUUCCCUCUUCCUCGCUACUUUUGUUUAAACUUUUUUCUGUUAUCUAGUUGUCAUAGUGUUGACAAUCAGUUGCAAAGCAAUAAGAUUUCGCGCAAUCAUAGCUAAAACCUCUGGUCAUUGUUGGUGAGCAGUUUUUCGGCCUGCAGCCGGGAGCUGGCGUCACCCUGCUACAUGUCUAUAUAUGUCGAAGGAGUGGGUUAUGCCACCCAGGUGAUUGUCGCUCUCCUGAACAUCUACUACAUUGUGGUGCUGGCCUGGGCCUUAUUCUUUCUCUUCAACUCCUUCACCUGGGAUCUGCCCUGGGCGUCUUGCAACAACACGUGGAACACAGAUUCCUGUAUGGCAUUUCAGAGGGAAAACGGCUCCGUCAAUCACCAUGAGAACACCACCUCUCCCGUCAUUGAGUUUUGGGAGCGCAGAGUCCUGAGAAUUUCCUCUGGCAUUGACCACAUUGGCGCGCUGAACUGGGAUCUGGUCGCCUGCUUGGCCGUCGCGUGGGUCAUCUGCUACUUCUGCAUCUGGAAGGGAGUCAAAUCAACCGGGAAGGUGGUUUACUUCACGGCUACGUUCCCGUACAUCAUGCUGCUGGUCCUACUGAUCAGAGGAGUCACUUUGCCUGGAGCCUUGGGGGGAAUCCACUUCUACCUUUACCCCGAUUUGGGACGACUGUCUGACCCCCAGGUCUGGAUGGAUGCUGGAACGCAGAUCUUUUUCUCAUAUGCCAUCUGCCUGGGCUGCCUUACAGCCUUAGGAAGCUACAACAAAUACAACAACAACUGCUACAGGGACUGCGUGUGUCUCUGUUUCCUGAACAGCGGCACAAGUUUUCUCGCCGGCUUUGCCAUCUUCUCCAUUUUGGGUUUCAUGUCCUUUGAGCAAAACGUGCCAAUCUCAGAAGUGGCCGACUCUGGUCCCGGUUUGGCCUUCAUAGCAUAUCCUCGCGCUGUCACCAUGAUGCCUGUUUCCCCUCUCUGGGCCUGCUGUUUCUUCGUAAUGAUUGUGUUCCUGGGACUGGACAGUCAGUUCGUGUGCGUGGAGAGCUUGGUGACGGCCAUGGUGGACAUGUAUCCCACCGUCUUCCGCCGCAAAAACCGCAGGGAGCUCUUCAUCCUGGCGGUAGCUGUGGUGUCCUUCCUUUUGGGACUCAUCAUGCUGACAGAGGGAGGCAUGUACGUCUUCCAGCUGUUCGACUACUACGCAGCCAGCGGGAUGUGCCUUCUUUUCGUGGCUAUUUUUGAGACUGUUUGCAUUGCCUGGGUUUAUGGUGCUGAUCGUUACUAUGACAACAUAGAGGACAUGAUCGGGUACCGUCCCGGCCCCAUCAUUAAGUUCUGCUGGCUCUUCUUCACCCCGGCAACGUGCUUUGGAACCUUUGCCUUUGCCUUGAUCAAGUACUCACCACUGAAGUACAACAAUGAAUACGUGUACCCAGUAUGGGGGGACGGGAUUGGCUGGGUUCUGGCUCUGUCCUCCAUGCUCUGCAUCCCUCUUUUUGCGGCAGGGAAACUCUACUUCACUCCAGGAACGCUUAAAGAACGCCUCAUUCUUCUCACCACUCCUUCCACUGACUUACCAACGACGAAGCAGCAACAAGAGAGGCUGAUGGGCGUCCAACCUGGAGACGGCGACAAACCCCAGCAGAAAGCUCCUCCCACCAGGGACGGCUACUUCCCUGUAGAUGAAAAGGAGUCUCACUGCUAGAGACUGUUUCUUUCUUUCUCUCUCUCCCACUUUCUCUCUCUCUCUUCCCUUACCUCAGGUGAAGACUUUCAGAGCCACCGCACCUGUAACUGCACUUCUUGCUACUGGAUCUUCCUCCCUCGUCCCCCGGUGCCUUGAACAAAACAUUCUCCAUCCUCUUUGGGAGAGCGUGUCAACAUUUCAUUUGCCCAUGGCAGAGUAAUGUGUACAUUUGAAAAUGUGACCACUAUAGGUUCUCAGUGGCAAAGAAAUUUGCUUUCUAAGGAAGCCUUUUCACCUGUUAUGGACAUCUGUAAUGUUCAGUUAGUUUGACGCAACGUUUCAGUAACUUUCGUUAAUUUUUAACGGCCUGGCCUGCAGCAGACGGAGCACAAGAAGUGUCCCGACACUUAACUGCAGCGUUCAUGAAAAGCUAACUUGAAUAAUAUUGUUGACUUUUUAAUGGCAUUUUUUAUUAUUAUUAUUAUUAUUAUUAUUAUUAUUAUUAUUAUUAAUGCAACAUAUACGUAUGUUUUGGAUACAGUUCGUACGCUAUCUUGAAAAAGUUUGAAAAGUCUGGAAUUAUGGGGAAAAGACAAUUCUUUGUCUGAAAAUCUGGUUUAAGUUUCCAGACUUCAUUUCUUAUCAUACCUUUUUCUAUUAAACGAAUAGAAAUUUCUAUAAGCAACAUGAUUUUUACACUGUUUUAUAUUUGAAUGAUACACUUUAUGUUUUAUCUGUGAUUUUCCACAUUUUAAAUUCAAGAUGUUCCCCAUCACCGACUUGCUAAGGAAAAAACAAACAGACAUUUCCCUGCUUCUUCACUAAAGGCCAAAAGUGUCACAUUUAAUGCCACAGUAAGUCUUAAGCAAAUAUUUGUGUAUGUAACCAUUUAAAUAAAUAACAAUACAGGACAAUACAAAAUAAAUAAAUACAUUUCAGUGAUAAUUGAAUGUUUCUGGAUUACAGGAAUAGACAACUGCAUUUGAAAAUGUAUUCUCUAUAUUUCAAAAGUGUAUGUGCUGAAGUAUUCAUUUUAUUUCCUUAUUCAAUAGUAUUAAAUUUGUUUUAGCUGUCAACCUGAUCAAUCAAUAAUCGGUGAAUUAAAUAAAUUCACCGAUUAUUGAUUAGGAAUUUCAAAUAUGAUGAAAGAAAAUAUUACAAAAAUAAUUACAAGAUCCGUGUUGUCUUAUAAAUUCUAUUUUUACAAUUUUACUUAAAUAAUGACAUGUCUAUGUCCGUUCAUCUUCUCAUUCAAGUCGGUUUUUAUGUCAAACAUUAAAGAAUUGGAGUGGAAAAAAUCCUGAUUCACAAAUAAGCGUUGAGUUUGAAGUAAAACUGAUCUACGUUCAGUAGUUGUACCAAAAAAAAAAAAAACAGCAGCCCUAUAAAGUGUCAAAACAAAAAAAUUGGGAGCCAACAUCGAUAUUGUAGUUUUCUUUUUAUGCUUUGUGGAAAAAAAAACACCUGGUUACUGUGCAGGUGUUUUUGAAAUGAUUGUAUUGUACUCCAAUGUCCAAAAUGUUCUAAAUGUAAACAUUUGAGCCGAAAAAAGUGGAAACCUGUGUAGGAACCCUUUAUUUCAACACUCUGAAUAAUGCACACUUUUUUUUUCUUUUUCUUUUCUUUUUUUUUACCGAAGUAUGCUAAUAAGUGCUGCUUGAGAGAACUUGAGAUGAGGAAUGUAGUUCAAAGGACCAAUCAGAUAAGCUGUUUUGUUUUUGUGUCCCGUUGUAACACUUUGGGGUUACGAUUUAAUUUUUCACCUGCUUUACUGAACUUUUGCAGAGUUGCAUGGUUAUUUUGUUUGUCCUUUUUUUAUCGUUUCCUUUUACUUUUGAUAUUGACACAGUUUUAACUUAGCUGGGGUUGUCUUGUAUCUAAUAUACAGGUUUUUUUAUGCCGUUAAAAUGCAAAGGUUCUUAAACACAGUGUUGAUCUGGGAAAGCUGGUUGAUAUGUUUCUUUAAAAAAAAAAAAAAGCCUUAUUUGACUUCUCUUUCUGGUGCACACAAGAAACCUCAGACUUGGUUCGUUCACGUGUGGGAAUGAAUGUACGGUAACCGAUUACUAUACAGAACAAUUUAUACAACUUUUCUAUUGUGAAAUAUGUUUUUAUGACUGAUUAAUAUCUCCUUAAUUUUAAAGCAGUGCUUUCAGUUUUGUGGGGUGUAAUUCUAUCUUACCUGAUUUCAUAUAACUGUCUUGGUAUAUAUAAAAAAUAAAGAUAAUAAAACAAUC